ACCCCAGCGCUUUAAAUCCCGGGCGGCGUCAGUGGGCCCAUUCCACUUUGGUUAGAGUUGUUUCAACCCACCCACUUCGAAUUGCCUCCAAGAAACUCUCCAGGAAGACUUGGUCGAGAUCCCCGCCUUCGUCUGCAAAUCUUUUGAAGGUCGCUGCGACAACACGCUCUAUUUACAACCUACGCGCCGCCACCACCCCAGCUGCGACAGCGACUCGAUAUAACAUACAUACGUGAUCCAUUAACUUGCGCAUCACGACACACACACACACACACACACACACACACACACACACAAACUCUACUCUCUGGUUCCCGAUCGCGAUAUUUGCCCAUCAUGCCUCCCAAGAAGCAGGAACCGAAGGCCGCCGGCAAGAAGAAGGCUGUCGAAGACAAGACCUUCGGCAUGAAGAACAAGAAGGGCUCUGCCGCCCAGAAGCAGAUUGCCGCCCUGCAGGCCUCAAUGAAGAACGGCGGAAACGCUGAGCAGAAACGCAAGGAAGCCGAGAAGGCGGCCCGUGAGCGCGAGAAGAAGGCGGCUGAGGAUGCCAAGAGGGAGGCCGAUCUGCUUCUCAACAAGCCCGCCCAGAUCCAAAAGGUUCCCUUUGGUGUCGACCCCAAGACCGUUGUCUGCAUUUUCUUCAAGAAGGGCAACUGCGAAAAGGGCAAGAAGUGCAAGUUUUCCCACGACCUGGAGCAAGAGCGCAAGGUCGAGAAGAGGAAUCUGUACCAAGAUACACGAGCAGAGGAGGACGACAAGAAGAAGCAAGAGACCUCGGCGGACUGGGACGAAGAAAAGCUGCGUUCCGUCGUCUUGUCGAAGAAGGGCAACCAGCGCACCACCACCGACAAGGUGUGCAAGUUCUUUAUCGAAGCGAUCGAGGAGGGCAAGUACGGUUGGUUCUGGAUUUGCCCGAACGGAGGAGACAAGUGCAUGUAUAAGCAUGCUCUGCCGCCUGGGUUCGUUCUCAAGACCAAGGAGCAAAGGGCGGCUGAGAAGGCGCUGUUGGACAAGUCGCCUCUCAGGACCCUUACGCUCGAGGAGUUCCUCGAGUCCGAGAGGCACAAGCUCACCGGCACUCUCACCCCCGUAACACCCGAGAGUUUCGCCAAAUGGAAGAAGGAGCGUCUCGACAAGAAGGCUGCCGAGGAGGCCGCAAGGAAGGCGAAGGAAGCGACCGGUCGUGCCUUGUUCGAAAGUGGCAACUGGAGAAUGGAGGCCGAUAUCGAUUCCGACGACGAGGGGGACGACGACGCCUGGAACUUGGAGAAGCUGCGGAAGGAGACCGAGGCCAUCCAGAUCAAGAAAGAGGAGGAACGACUGUCAGCUCUCCACGGUGUUCCUGUCACACUCGGCGAAGCGAAGGACGUCACCGGACUCAGCGAGCCAACGCUUGGUACAUGAGGGCGUAUCAGCACACGAGGAGAAAAUACCAGCGCCGCCGCUUCAGAAAGUUUGUGCCAUCCGAGAGUUCGGCACUUACUUGCGGCAAGGAUCUGGCGCCAAGUUGAUGAAGCUGCUCGAGUUGCUCGAGGCAGCUCGCUCAGAGGUUAUCCGACAUCUACAUCACGAUAUAUACACGAAGCUUCGAGGAGUGAAGCCGAGUUGCACCUCCACAAAGGAGCAGUGGGAAUAAUGUCGUCAGGUUUCGGUUUGGAAGCUCUGGUCAUGAACUAGUCUAGCUCACACACAUAAUCAUAGGCAUGCCCGGAUCCAGCACUUCGUUCCAAACUUCUUGCGUGUCUCACGUGUCUAGUCGCCUUCGCCACCAGCAUUCAUUAUAUGAACAGAGACGGACAUAGGAUAAAUGGGUUCAUCAGGACAUGUCAGUUGUUAUCUCCUUGAUUCAGCAAGCCGUCCUUCUACCUGCACGUCCGUGACCCAGCUUGUUCGUCGGUGGUUCGUGGCUAAAGAUUUCCUAUCCAGAAUGGGUUCAGUGUGACGGGACUGCAGCACAUGAUAAGGAAUUCGAGGCAUUGGUCUUGUACGUCGAGUUAUUGAUCCACGCAUGGCUUGCAACCAAUUUGUAGAAAUACGGUGUGGCUGUCCGCAAAAACACUCACCACGACGCUUACGCAGUGACGGGGAAGGUAGACUUAAACCUAGAGCCACCCAAGUGUGGCCACAUUGUCUUCAAUGUGAUGUUUGGGCAGCGAGCAGAAAUUUGCUGUACAUCGUUCACAUGGACCGCCCAGGAAGAUACAAGGGCGACGAACUGAUACGUUUGAUGUUUCGUUCAACACUAGUAGUCCCUUCUAGCAAUUAGAACUAAUGGGUGAACAUUGGAUUGCUUCUUGCACAGUCCAGUACUUGUCAGGUCUUCAAAAGCUAGUCAGACGGUCGGCGGUUUUGAAGACCUGGCGAGGAGGUACCAUGAAUCAGUCGUUGUUGUCCACACUUGUAGUUUCCUAAACUGCUUCAAAAUGAACUCUUAUACCGGAUGGAAG